AUGGCGUCUUCCUCAACUUCAUMUGUUCAGACGAGCUUUAAGUAUGAUGUUUUUUUGAGUUUUCGAGGUAAAGACACUCGUAAGACAUUCGUUGAUCAUCUCUAUCAUGCUCUUCAGAACAAAAGCAUCCACACUUACAAAGAUGACGAGAGAAUCAAGAAAGGGGAGAGGAUCGRUGAUGAGCUCAUCRAAUCCAUUGAAGACUCAAAGUUCUAUAUAAUUGUUUUCUCCAGGAACUAUGCAUCUUCAUCUUGGUGCUUGGAUGAGCUUGUAAAGAUUAUGGAGUGCCAGACGAUGACUGAGCAUACUGCUUAUCCCGUCUUCUAUGAUGUGGAACCCACUGAAGUCCGCCACCAAAGUGGGGAAUUUGGAAAAGCUUUUGCUAAACAAGAAAAGAAAGAGGAUGCUGAAAAAUGGAGAAAGGCUCUAAAAGAAGCAGCCGAUCUUUCUGGGUUUGAGUUGAAGAACACUGCAGAUGGGCAUGAAGCUAAAUUUAUCCAAAAAAUUGUGGAAGAGAUCUCACUGGAGUUGCGAUCCAUCAAUUUCAGCGUCGAUGAAAAAUUARUUGGCAUGGAGGCUCGAAUAAGUGAUGUUGUUUCAUCUUUAGAAACAAGUAUUGAUGACGUUCGAAUGAUAGGAAUCAAGGGGAUGGGAGGUGGUGGGAAGACAACUUUGGCGAGAGCUGUUUUUGAUCGAAUAUCAUUUCGGUUCGAAGGUAGCAGUUUUGUUGAGAAUGUUAGGGAGAAUUCAAAUCCCAAUUUAUCCCAUUUAAAGGAGUUACAGAACCAAGUCCUUAAAGAUGUGCUAAAGGAUCAGGGCAUUAAUAUAAGUAAUGUUCAUGAUGGGAAAAAGAUGAUAAAAAGGAUGAUGAGUUGUAGAAAGGUUCUUAUUGUUCUCGAUGAUGUGGAUCAUGUAGACCAACUUAAGGCGUUAGCGGGUGAGCUUAAUUGGUUUAAUAAGGGAAGUAGAAUUAUCAUCACAACAAGAGAUGAGCAAGUGUUGGUAGCACACAAAGUAGUCAACUCAAAUAUUCACGAUGUCAAUCUAUUAACAGAUGACGAAGCAAUUUGCCUCUUGAGUAGGUGUGCAUUUGGGAACGAGAGUCCAAAUCCUGGGUACGAAGAGCUAUCAAGAAACGUURUAGGUUAUGCUGCUGGUCUMCCCUURACAAUCACAGUUUUGGGUKCGUUUCUCUGUGAUGCAAASRAGSAUGUAUGGAUAGAUACCCUCGCAAGACUUGAAAAAAUUCCAUUGCAUGAAACUCUACAAAAGCUGGAGUUAAGCUAUAUGGGUCUWGAUACCGAUUGCAAGGAAAUAUUCCUAGAUGUUGCAUGCCUAUUGAAAYGGUGGAYGAAAGAAGAAGCAAUCAUAGCGCUUGAAAGYCGUGGAUUUCAUGCUAUACACGGUUUGACUGUUCUUCAGAACAGAUCUCUUGUAACUAUUUCUAAAGAUGGGCGCUUGACGAUGCAUGACCAUAUAGAAGAAAUGGGGAGAUACAUUGUUCGUCGUUCGAACCUUAAUGAGCCUGCAAGACACUCCCGAUUGUGGAUUACGGAGGAAAUUGAAGAUAUAUUGGUUAACGAUUUGGGGACUGAAGCAACAUGUAUAAAGCUGUGGGUGGAAAAAGUCAAUAAAAAAACUAUUAUGAAAGGCCUUAGAAAGAUGGAGAAACUUAGAUUUCUUCGCUUGAUGCAAUACUUAUCAGAAUUGGACUUUGAUGAAGAUUGCGAUUAUUUACCAGAUUCUUUGCAAUAUCUAAAGUUGGAAGUUGGCUUUUUACAUGUUUUACCGAAAGCAUUUCAAGGAAGUAAUCUUGUUGCUCUUGAAAUUCCUUUCAUGGAACAACUUUGGGAAGGGGGAGAGAGAAAGGUUCUUCCCAAACUCCGAUUCCUUACGCUCCGUUGGUCAUUUUUGACGACCUUUGACCUUGGGCUAACUCCAAAUCUUGAGAUAUUAAAUCUUGAACGUAGUCGUGAUUUGGUAGAAUUUCACAUGCCUCUUCCAUGCCCAAAGCUCAAAUCCCUCAACCUCAAUCGUUCAAAGUUGAGUACCCUUGACCUUAGGUUGGUCCCGAAUAUCGAGACGUUGAAUCUUAUGGAAUGUUCAGAUUUGGUAGAACUUCACAUUCCAUGUGAAUGUCCACAACUCAAAUUCAUCAACUUGAGUAGUCCAAAGUUGAGGUCCCUUGACCUUAUGUUGGUUUCAUAUAUCGAGACAUUGAAUCUUAAUGGGUGUUGUGAUUUGGUAGAACUUGUCAUGCCAUGUAAAUGUCCACAACUCACAUCCCUCAACCUGAGUGGUUCAAAGUUGAGGUCCCUUGACCUUAGGUUGGUUUCGAAUAUCGAGACACUGAAUCUUCAUGGAUGUAAGGAUUUGGUAGAACUUUGCAUCCACCGUGAAUGUCCACAUCUCAAAUCCCUCGACUUGAGUUGUCCACCUUCUUUGAGGUCCCUUAACCUUGGACCAACUUCGGAUUUCGAGAUAUUGAAAUUAGAAGAAUGUGAUUAUUUGGUAGAACAUGACAUGUUCCUUGAAUGUCAACAACUCAAAUCCCUUGUCCUUGAUAUUCCAACGUUGAGGACCCUUGACAUUGGGUCAAUUCCGAAUCUCGAGACAUUAAAACUUCAAGGAUGUUAUAAUUUGGUGGAACUUCGCAUGCACGAAGAACGUUGCAAACUAAGAACCCUCAGCCUUGGAUGUCCACAGUUGAGGACCUUUGACCUUGGGAUGACUCGGAAUCUUGAGGCUUUGACUCUUGAUGGGCAUGAUGAUUUGGUACAACUUCUCGUUUCCAGCAGAUGUCAACAACUCGAAGACCUCGAACUGAUUAAUUCAAAGUUGAGUACUCUUAAGCUGACCCUUAAUCUCAAAAAGUUGAUUCUUACAUCUUGUGCUUUGGAAGAACUUCACAUCCCCGUUGGAGAUGUAAUGCUCGUAUCUCUGGACAUCAAAGGAUGUUCAGAGUUGAAGACCCUUGACCUUGGGCGAACUCCAAAUCUCAAGAGUUUACAUCUUGAAGAAUGUUCUAGUUUGGUAAAACAUCUUGCUCCCAUUGGAGGUCUAAAAAACCUCACCAACUUAAAAGAAAAAGGUGUUUUGAGGUUUACAAAUUUAAAUAUUCAGGAAAGUUAUGGAUUAUUGUUACCUAGGUUAGAUCUGCAGGGAAAGUUGAUAGAUACAUGCCCAUUGCACCCCGAUGAUAAUUUCCCCAAGUUUCAGUUUGAUUGUACAUAUCGGGACAAUCUACCCUCAUUGAUUGGAAAUGUUGAGAAGCUUAUUUCGGUAGGUUCCUCUUGUGCUUGCACAGACCUUGAGAGUUUUUUCGGAAGCAUUUGUGGUUUACAGCACAUAGCAUCCCUUACACUUGAAUGCGAUAUUCCAGAGGCGCCCAAAGACCUUGACAACUUACAAUGUCUAGUGCAGCUCGCUUUGUCGUCUCCAAGUAUUAAACAUCUUCCUGAUAGCAUUUUAUCGUUGAAACAUCUGAAAUAUCUCAAUCUUUUUGAUUGUAUGCUUCUUGAGAAGUUACCGGAGGAGUUUGGCAGAUUAGAAUGUUUAGAGGAACUGCGUUUGAGGUCUGAAAAGAUUAAACAUCUUCCGUAUAGCAUUUGUAUGUUGAAACAUCUGAAAUCUUUCGAACUUUAUUGUGAGCUUCUUGAGAAGUUACCGGAGGAUCUUGGACGAUUAGAAUGUUUAAAGAAGCUAUAUUUCAGGUCUAAAAAGAUUAAACAUCUUCCAGAUAGCAUUUGUAUGUUGAAACAUCUGAAAUCUUUCAAACUUCAUUGUGAGCUUCUUGAGAAGUUACCGAAGGAUCUUGGUCGAUUAGAAUGUUUAGAGAGGCUAAAACUAAAACGGUGUCUAGUUUUACGAGAUAUUCCGAAUAGCAUAUGCUCUGCGUUUCAGAAGUUCAUUGAAUAG